CGGUGAAGAGGAUUGAAUGCUGAUCUUCGUAUUGGAUUCGCUUUAGACUGCUAUUGAGGCGGCUCGGAUACAGUGUCAGAAACAUGGCAAGCCAAAGAAUUACCCGGGAUACAUUUGAUGCUGUAGUACAAGAGAAGAUGAAGAGAUAUAGAAUAAGCAUGGAACAAGCAAUCGCUAAUACCAUACGAGAGUUUCAGUUGGAGGCCGGAUCAUCAAAAAUGGAUAGCUAUGAUUCGCUUUCUAGAGACCAAGAAAGGCUUUCCUAUCGUGAUCUUCCACGUGAUCUUCCACGUGAUCUUCCACGUGAUCUUCCACGUGACCUUCCACGUGACCUUCCACGUGACCUUCCACGUGACCCUCCACGUGACCUUCCACAGCCCGGCAUGCCCAGGUCAGACAUGUUUAGGGAGUUCCGGGGUUCUCAAAGUUUAGAGCUGGGACCUGGGAAAGAGGUCUUUCGGGAACCAGGACCGGGGCAGUCAACACGCGGAGUAAUGCACAUGUUGGCAGCAAAAGGACAAGGAGGGCACCGUUUUGGUAGUGGUGGAUAUGCAGGUAAAGCUGGUGAAGCCUCUGGUAUAAAACAAAGCCCUCAAAAAAAAGAUAUGCCAGUUGGAGAAAAUGAGUUCAGUGAACAGAUUGUAAUGUGGGCCAAGUUCAACAAGGUUAAAGGCGAUUCUGACCUUCUGAGACAACACAAAGCCCUUUUCAAGGUGGAGACUGAAACUUGCAGAAUGGUUGUAAACUCUUUUAAAGGUCGCAUGUCUGUCCAUCAUACAGAGCUUUGUUUUUCAAGUCUAAAACCUAUAAGUCAUCCAACCUUGAAUAGUCCAAAGAUAGAUAAUGAUCUUUUGGAUUUGUUAGUGGCAACAAAAACGGUGACUGUUAAGAAUGACUUCUUUGAUGCAAUCAAGCCCUUUGACAAGGAAAUGAUGAUUUUACAGCAGCGAUUGCUGAAAUGUGCAACUCCAUUGCUGUUAGCCUGUAAUACAUUUGAGCUAAAGCAGCCCAUCCUCACCGAUGCAAAACAACUGCUUAGCGCUCUAGACAACACCAUGUUUAUGGCCAGGAAAUCCUUGGUGCUUUUGGGGCAGACAUUCGCAUUGGCCACUGCUCUUAGACAGAACAAUGUAAUGGAAGUCCUUGGGAUCAGUGGAACAGACUUGAAGCCCUCAAAGUAUCCCAAUUUCAAGGACUCUUUUCUGUUUGGGAGGGAAUUUAUUAUAAAACUGAAAGACUGGGUGAAAAAAAGUGGACACAAGUUGACACUGAAAUCGAGAGCCAACGUACCUAAGGAAACUGCGGUUGAUAAUAAAGAGGAAACAAAAACUGAAGCGGAGAGUGAAGCAAGAACAUCUGCUGACCCUAAUGUUGUUGCUACCAUAGACAAGCUUCUGGAAUAUACAAAAAAAGAAGAUAAAGGAGAAAAGCCUGCAUUUUGGUUCCUAUUUGAUAAAAACAGCAAUGAGUAUAAAUAUUAUCAACAAAAGUUGGAACAGCUCCAUAAAUCUACAGGCCACUUGGAUGCCAAAACUGCCCAAACCACAAAAGCAAAGAAAUCUCCUGAAGAGCUGGCUGUGGAGUCAGUGAGGGCAAUGCUAUAUGCAAGAAAGGCACUGCUCGUGAAGAGGAAGCUUUUUGGUAGUUUGACUUUAUCAAGAAGGAGUCAAGGCAAAAAAACUGUUCACCGGCUGUCCAAACCUAUGAAGGCGAGCAGAAAAAUAAGGAAAGUGAGCCAGAAGGUGGGAAAAAAUAAUCUAACUGAAGACAACAAAAAAGAAAAUGUGAACCAGGAGGUGAAGGAAGACAGUAAAACCCCAGUAGUUGGAAAAGAGACUGUAACCCCAGCUGUGAAGAUGGAGGCAGCUACCCUGGAUGUUAAGGAGGAGACGGCUGUUGAGGAGGCGGCGUCUACUGUGUCUGUUGAGGAGGCGGCGUCUACUGUGUCUGUCGAGGUGGCGGCGUCUACUGUGUCUGUCGAGGUGGCGGCGUCUACUGUGUCUGUCGAGGCGGCGGCGUCUACUGUGUCUGUUGAGGCGGCGGCUAUCAAGGAGGUGGCGGCGUCUACUGCGGCUGUCAAGAAGGCGGCUGUCAAGAAGGCGGCUACUGCGGCUGUUAAGAAGGAGGCGGCGGCUACUGCGGCUGUUAAGAAGGAGGCGACGGCUACUGCGGCUGUUAAUAAGAAGGAGGCGGGGGCUACUGCGGCUGUUAAGAAGGAGGCGGUGGCUGUUAAGAAGGAGGCGGCUUCCGUGGCUGUCAAGAAGGCGGCAGCUACUGUGGCUGUCAAGAAGGCGGCAGCCACCCCGGCUGUUAAAAAGGAGGCGACCACCCUGGCUGUUAAGAAGGCAGCGACCACCCCAGCUGUUAAGGAGGUGGCAACCCCGGUGGGAAAAAAAGGGAAUGUGGCCUCGGAGGUAAAAAAACAGACUUCAGUCAAACCAGCACAGGAUGCUUCAACAAAGCAGUCGUCCAAGAAAGUAGACGUCAAGAAACAAGAAGUACCAUGCAAAAGCUCUACAGGUGCCACUAGUAAACUGUUGAAAGAAGAUCAGUCAUCUGAUGAAAAAGCUGAGACUUCUAAAGAACCACAGGUUUCGGAUGUUGAUGAGAAGACUAAAGAUACUGCCAUAAAAUUAGCUCAAUUUGUUGUCCAGAUGGGCCCAGAGAUUGAAGAAUUCAGUAUGCAAAACAGCGUAAACAACCCUGAUUUUUGGUUUUUACGUGAGAAGGAUAGCCCAGCAUAUAAAUAUUAUAAAAGUAAGUUGGCGGAGUUCAAGGAAGAGCAACAGGAAGCCACAUCCGAUAUAGAUGAUGAACUGGAGGGCGUUAAGACAGGCGAUGAAGGUGAAGCUUCUGGUGCAGACGGCGCUUCAGUAGCUGCGUUUAGCCAAAUGCCCACUCCAUCUAGGCCUCCUAUUCUUCGUAAGAGAGUGGCCAAGCUCAAGGUUGGCAUGCUUCCAGCCAAAAGAGUGUGUCUUGUGGAUGAACCACAGGUUCAUGAUCCAGUCCGUAUUGACUAUGAACGUCCCAAGGGUCGUGGGUACAACAGGAGAAAGAAGAAACCAGCAGAUUUAGAGUUUGCUAAUAAGAAGUUAACCCAGCAAAAUGUGGGUUUUCAGAUGCUGAGUAAGAUGGGAUGGCAAGAAGGUCAAGGACUUGGAUCCAGUGGAUCUGGAAUCAAAAACCCUAUAAAAGUGGGUGCAGUCUCUGCUGGGGAGGGUCUGGGUGGUGAAAGUAAAGAAGCCCCCCAGUCCAAUGAUGACAACUUUGAUGCUUUUCGUCAAAGGAUGAUGAAUAUGUACAAGCAAAAAAUUUCAAAAUAAGAACGUCAGGACUACAGAAAUCCAUAACUUCUGUGUAUUCUGGGUCUGAUGUUGUGACCCUGUAGCAUAGUAUGCAGACCAAAAUAAUCACUGUCUGCUUGUAACUUGUUUUUCCUUCUUGUGAACUAUAA